GCAUUUAUAACAGGUCCUCACUACAGAUGAGUGUUGCGUUACUCAAAAUCGCAAAACAUUGUUUUUGCAUUUUUUUUAAAUAUAGAAAAAGUCAUAAAGGAUGUCGCAAAAUCAGGAUUUUUUUGCCCGCAUUUUACAAAUAAAAUCCCACAAAAUCCUGGAAGGACUGAACAGGCCAACAGCAGCAGCUCUCAGAGACGAGUGGCUGAAGAGACUGAAGCCGAGUGACUUCUCCUUUCAGCAGGAGGACGAGGAGACGUUUGACGCUAACUUUACCAGAGAGAUGGGGGUCGAUGCAGAGACCAUGGCUGAACUCAAAUCCAUCUGCAGUCUUGAAUCACUGCGUUGCCAUCCUGAGGAUCAACAGCCUGAUACAGCUCUUGUACCUGAAGAUCCAACGCUGAACACACUGAUUCAAAGAAAAAAGAGGCAAGAUUACAGAGCUUCUCUAAAAACAGGCAAGAACAGACAUGACCUGUACGCAGAUGAAAUGGAGCGUGUUGCUAUCGGAAGAAAACUAGAAACAGCGACUGACAUGAUCGCUGAAGGAGAUCUCAUUCUAACCAUUAAUGUCUACUACCCGGCUGUUACUGAUAAAUAUCGGAACGUCCGACCCCACAUGACUCUGCUGAUGACCAGCUCGCACAGCCUGGCAGAGCUCAAGGAUGCCAUCUGCUGUGUCAGCGACUUGCAAGUGUGCGGAGAGUUCAGCAACACGCCGGACAUUGUUCCAGACUUCAUCAGUAAAGAUCAUUUCAAGUCAGCAUUCUUUUUCUUUGAAGGCGUUUUCUACAAUGACAUGCGAUUCCCUGAGUGCCAGGACAUCAGCAUGACUACUAUUGAAUGGGCAAAGACCCAUAACUUCCCAUCGUACAGCCAGGCCAAGAUGGAGGACACUAGAUUUGCAGAUCUGAAAGUAAAAGUGGGCUUCCCGUACCUUUACUGUCAUCAAGGAGACUGUGAGCAUCUCGUCAUCAUCACAGACAUCAGACUGACGCAUGCAAACGACUGCCUGGACAAGAAGCUGUAUCCUCUUCUCACACAUAAGCACAGGGUCGUCACUAAGAAGUGUGCUGUCUGCCACGUCUAUAUUGGAAGAUGGUUUACUACUAAUGACAAGGUAGCUCCGAGUGACCCGUGCCUCUUCUGUGACAAGUGCUUCCGGAUGUUGCACUACGACGCUCAGGGCAACAAGCUGGGAGAUUUUCUGGCUUAUCCCUAUGUGGACCGUGGUGCAUUCAACUAAUGCUUCCUUUCGGGAAGUGCUCAUAACAUUGAUUUAAUGCUGUAUAAUACAGUGAAAUGUUACAUGUUUCAGAAAGAAAUGCUUUGACAUUUUGGAAAUCUGUAUUUUCUUUUAAAAAGAGAAACUGUUUUCGGACAAAUGUGUGUGAUUUAACAAAGUUUUUGUGUUAAAAUAAAGUGAGUUACCAGAA